AUGAUGCUAUCUCACGUGCUCACCACCUCAAUCCGGCCUCGUCUUCCUCACCACCUGCACCGCUGCUCCUCCUCCGCCCGCGCCUCACUCGCCGUCGACUCGCAGCCGAGGCCGUCCUACGACGUGGUGCCCACGCACGUCGCCGCGGCGCUCCCGCAGAGGUGGGUCGUCUUUUCGGACCUGCAUGUGCGGCAGGACACGCUGCCGGUCUGCCUCGAGCUUCUGCGUCGCGUGGCGGCCGAGGCGCGCGCCCGCAACGCCGGCGUCGCCUGCCUCGGCGAUUUUUGGCACACGGGUGGGGUGCUGUCGACGCGGCAGCUAAACACGGUGCUCUCGGAGCUCGCGUCGUGGGGCGACGACGUGCCGAUGCUCAUGAUCCCGGGAAACCACGACCAGGCCAUGCGUGGCAACUCUGACCCGCUGCUUCACGCACUGACCCCCCUCCAGCUCGCGCUGCCCCGCUCGGUCACCGUCUUCAGCCGCGUGACGCGGCUCGGCUCGUCGUUGUGGGCUCCGUAUGGCACGACCGCCGCGGAGCUGCGCGCCGCGUGCGAGCACGCCGCAUCUGACGGCCACGAAGGCCUCGACGCCGUCUUUUGCCACGCCGACAUUGUCGGCGCGCAGAUGAGCGACCGGCCGCCCGGCGACGCUGGCGGCUUCGUGCGGCGCGUGGCCACCCAGGGCCUCACCGCAGACGCCUUCCCGCUGCCGCCGGUGCGCGUCUUUUCGGGCCACUACCACAACCCGCACUCCGUCCCCGAGCCAGCCGCCAAGGGCCGCGCUAUCCGGUACGUCGGCUCUCCGUACCAGACGUCGAUGUCCGAGGCGGGGCAGCGCAAGGCGCUGCUGGUGGUCGACAGCGCACGCGGGUGGCGGGUGGCGGAGGAGGUGCCGCUCAGCAUCGGCCGGAGGCACCACGUGCUCUCGCAGCCGGGCAGGUCGGAGCUCGCGGACCUCGGCGCGAGCCUGCGGUCUGGUGACCGCGCUCUGCUGCUGGCCGACCAGAUCGACGAGCCGCUGCUCGAGUUUGCGGCGCAGCAGCGGCGCCGCGGCGCCGCCGUCGAGCUGCGCCGUCCGGUCUCGAUCGAGGCGGCCGAGGCGGCCGAGGGGGGCGAGGCGGCGGCGGCGGCGGCGAGGGCGGCGGCGGCGGCUGCCGGGGCAGCGGACAUUCUCGAGCCCGAGGCGCUGUUUGCGCGGUACGCCGCCGCGAGGGGGCUCAGCGAGCCACUCGUCGCCGCCGGGCAGGAGGUGCUCUCCGCGUGCGCGGCGAACGCGAGGCUGCAGCUGCCGCCGCCGGUGCAGCUGCGGCUGCACGCCGUGACGCUGGACGGGUUUGGCUCCUUUGACCGGCCGACAGAGUACGACUUGCGCGGGCGAGGCCUGCUGCUGCUCCAGGGCGCUUGCGCGGCGGCGGGAGGCGGCGGCGGCGGCGAGGCCAGCGGCGAGGCCCUCCCCGAGGGUGAUGCUGGCGGCGAGGGCCAAGGGUCGAGCAACGGCGCGGGCAAGACCACGCUGGCGAUGGCGCCGUUGUGGGCGCUGACGGGCAGCACAGACGCGCGCGCCAACGGCAAGCCCGUCGAGGCGAGGGGUGUGAUUAGCGAGGGGGCGUCGCGGGCGGUGGUGAGCUUGCGAGGCGAGGUGAGCGGCGGCGUGCUGCAAGGUGGGGACGGCGAAGGCGGGGGCGGCGAGGGCGGCGAGGGCGGCGGUGCGGCGCCCGUUCCGUUUGAGGUGACGCGGACGAUGGGGAGGCGAGAGCACUCUCUCCGCUUUGUGCUCGGUGGCCAGGCGUCCUGCUUGGUCGCGGACGGCGCCGCGGGUGCAUGGCAUCUGCUCACAGGCCCACCCCACGCGCAGGUGCAUGAGGGCACUUUGGCGCAGGUGCAGGCGCAGGUCGAGGAGCACCUGCGCGCGCGGCACGUCGGCACAGUGGCCUUCUUCGGGCAGCACAUGGGCGGCGGCCUGCUCGACAAGACAGACGCCGCCCUCAAGGCGGAGCUGCAGGCGCUGCUCCCGCUUGGCCUCUGGGAGGCGGCCGCGGAGGGCGCUCGCACGCGCGCCGCGCAGGCGCGGGAGGCGGCGGCGCGGGCGGCGGGAGAGCUAGACGCCGCCGUGGCGCACGCGGCCCGCGCUGCGCAGGCGCGCGAGGCGGCGGCCGCGGAGUCGGCCGCGUGGGAGGCCGCGCGGGCCGCGCGAGUCUCUGCCGCAGAGGUGGAGGCGAGCGCGGCGGCGGCGGCGGCGGAGGCGGAGCGCGCCGCCGCAAAGCCCGUCGCGGCCGCCGGCGAGGGGGGGACGAGCCUGCAGGAUUGCAACGGCGCACUCGAGCGGGCGCGGGCGGCCCUCGACGCGGCUGUCGAGGCGCGGGAUGCGCACCGCGCCAAGAUGACUUCGGGCGCGCUCGCGGCGCCCGAGCGGCUCCGUGCUGCAAUCGAGGGAGCUCACGCCGCCGCCGCGGCGACGCUCGAGGCGAAGGCGGCCGCGGAGCGCGCGCGGGAGGGGCUCGCGGCGGCCGGCGGCCGGCUGCAGAUGCAUCGAGUUGCGGCCGACGGGUGGCAGUGGCCUGCCGCGAGGCGGGAGGCGGCCAGCGCGCGGCUGAGAAGCGAGGGCGGGGCGGCGCUCCGUGCGGCGCUCGACGAGACCGCGGCCUCGCUUGCGCGCAGCGGCAGCGGCGGUGGCGCGGAGCGGUUGGGUGGUGCGGAGGUGCUGGCGGCUCUCGAGGCCGAGGCGGCGGAGCUGAGGGGCGCGGCGUUCGCAGUCCGGCAACGGAUCGAGGAGCAGAGGGCGCAGGUGCCAGUCAGGCGGCCGGUUGGGGCGGCGAGUGCGCACGCGAGCAGCGAGGCGGCGGGCGGCGGGGAGGCCGCGACGUUGAUCGAGGAUGGCGCUGGCGCCGACGGCGCGCUCUCCGGCGGUGUCUGCGCGAGUUGUGGGCAAUCGGUGACGAUCGAGCACUUUCGGGCGAGGCUGGCGGAGCUGGCGGCAGCGGCGGAGGCGAGCGAGGCGGCGUUGCGCGUGGCAACGGGCCGUUUGCGCGACGCGAGGGAGGCGCGAGACGGGCUGCAGGUUGCGGCGUGGGAGGCGGAGCGGGCGGUUCUGGAGUCGCAGGAGGCGGCGGCGGCGGCGGCGGCGGCGAGGGCGGAGCAGGCGUGGCGGGCGGCGGGGGCCACGCAGGCGGAGGCGGAGGCGGAGGCGUGCGUGCAGGAGGAGGAGCGGCGGAGGGCGGCAGCCGAGGAGGCGGAGCGGCUGCGCGCGCUCGACGGCCGGGCGGCGGAGCUGCAGUCCGAAGUCGGCCGGUGGGCGUCCUUGCGCGAGAAGGCGCUCGUGCGCGAGGUGCGGGUGGAGGCGGCUGCCAAGGAGGCGGCAGCGGAGGCGGAGGCGAGAGCGGCGCGUGCUUUGGCGGCCGUCGCGUCGCUGCGCGCUGAGACCAACCCAAGCGCGCUGCUGCUGGCGGACAUGGAUGCACGGCGCACCGAGGCGAGCGCGCGGCGCACGGCGCUUGAGGCGGAGAGGAAGCGAGCGGAGCGCGCGCAGCGCACGAUGGGCGAGCUCGGUGAGCACUUUGGCAAGCGCGGCGUGCAAAACUUGCUCUACGAGCUCGCGAUAGACCAGCUGCAGCUCUCAGCGGCGCGCUACUCCGGACUGCUCUCGGCGGGCACCCUCCAGCUCGCGCUAGCCUUUGACGCCAAGCGCGGCGCGAUCCAGAAGAGUGUGCGGCUGGUGCGGCCGGGCGGGGACGAACGCGUGCGCUCCGUCUCGCAGCUCUCAGGCGGCGAGUGGCGCCGGCUCGCCUUUGCGCUCUCGCUCGCCUUCGCUGACUUUGCGCGCGCGCGGCUCGGCCUGUCGUGCGGCUACCUCGUCUUUGACGAGGUGAUGCAGCACAUGGACGCCCGCGGGCAGGCGGCGAUGGCGGAGCUGUUGCGGUGCGUGCCGUGCGAGACCGCCGUCGUCAUCACGCACGGUCUCGCGUCCGACGCGCUGUACGGGGCUUUUGACAGCGUCGACCUCGUCGAGAAGGCGGACGACUCGUCACGCGUGCGCAGGAACGUCGAGGUGGUCAUCGCGGGGUGA